AGUUUAUUUCUUUUUCCUUUUUUAAAAAAAAAGCAUGGUUGGUAAAAAACGUAAUUCUACAACUAAAUUAAAGGAUAAGCCUACAAAGGCACCAAAAAUAGAAGAAACUAUAAAAGAAGAGUUUGAACAAGGUAGUUCGAAUUCAAACAAAAUAAUGUCAAGAUCAUUAAGCAAACUUUUUUAUUGAUAGAAGAAAAACAAAAUGAAGGAUUAUUUGAUAAUCUUGAUGAAGAAAUGAAUCAAGAUGAAUUAGAUGAGCUUCUGAACCAGUUAAAGGAAGAAAAUGAUUCAGGAGAAGAUAUAUCAACAAAGGGGCAGGAUGACAAAGACGACGAUGAAGAAAAGGAGGAAAAUAUGAAAGAGGAUAAUCAAGAAGCAACUUUUGAACAAUCGAAUACAUCAAGCAAAUUUAGGAAUUUUUACAUGAAUAAAAUUACACAAGCAUUUGGAUCAGAUUUAGAUCAAAUCAGACAGGAGCCAAACUUUAAUGGAACACGUUUAAAUAUAUUGAUUGAUUCGUUAGAAGCUGGUAUUGACAUAUUUUCAAAUUUAGAACAGGAAAUUAUUCUUGCAGAUGAAGAAAAAUAAAAAUAUAAGCAUUAUUAAUUUAUUUUUGGAUAAUAUGUUUUUUUUUCGCUAUCUUUGUAUUGAAACAAAUAUCCUUUCCAUGCUUGCUUUAGUUUCUUUUGUAUUAAAACAAAGUCG